AAUGCUGCUCUUCCUCCUCCUACAAAACGUGCAUAGUCGGUCCUUCGAACGCAUUUUGGUUGACUGCAACAGAAUCAGUCACGACCGCGUGCUAGUCGCUAACUGGAAACAUGUCCGAGGCAAAAGAAGAAACCGAAGGCGGUCCUAUACAUAGGCUGUGUAAAAAAUGCAAUGUCAAUUAUAAUUUGAUCAUGUUAAAGGUCACUUUGUUCCUAAUGUACGGCGCUACUUCGUCUCUGUUGCCAUACUUAACCAUUCACAUGCAAAGCAUUGGACUUUCCGUCGAGGAAAUCGCUAUCGUUUACCUGGCGCUGCCAUUGACUACGUUUUUAGCUCCCCCCGUGACAGGGUUUCUCGUCGAUAAAUUUGGACAGUACAAGCCUGUCUUGUUCAUAUCUUUAGCGUUGAAUGCCAUUUUCCACCAUUCCCUAAUAUUAAUACCCCAAAUGGAAACGCCUGGAGCUGUCCCUUCGGCGUACGUCAUGAGACAUCCAGAAUCCGGGAAAGUCGAUGUUUGGUGGAGUCCUUGCCCUAGCCGAGAGUGUCCGGAAGACGAAGAAAUUAAUUUGGUUUUGGACGAAUGCGACGACCAUUGUUUAAUGAGAGACAACAGUGUACCUCGAGAAGAAAACAAAUGGGGCACUAAGAUCGAACAAAGUAUUGCCGUCAGACCACCGACAUUUAUCACUGGUACAGCCAGUCCUCAGCAACAAUCGCUACCGAAUUGUAUUGUGCCACCUUCCGGCACAAAUCAACCUGGUUCGAGCCACCAACCAGGAAUUGAUGAUCCGGAUUUGUUCUUUAUUUAUGAAAAAACCAAGCAAGCUAAAAAUGUAACAAAACCGCCCGUAAAGAAAACAGAGCCGAAAAAAAAAGUAAGGAUGGGUGUUCUGUUAAAUGGAAACGAAACUGUCAAUGAAAUAGCUAAUAUCGGCGCGGGGCUCAACAACGUUAAUGCAACAUCAAGUAAAAAAGAAGCUACAGUGUUUGUGGUUUUAGACAUGCAUCCAGGUCUUAUGGACCCGACAGAAACAUUAGGAAUGGAGCUACCUGAACCAGACCAGGAUGAACAGGUCACCGAUUUUCGUCAACAUUUUUCGUCAGACAUGUUAGUAUCAUCCGGUGUCAACUUUUCUGCACUACUUGACCACGAUCUACGUUGCGGAGGCAGAGUCUUAGCGACAAAUUUGACUUAUAACAAAUUAAAAGAAUUGGCUGCGGAUUGUAUGCUACAAAAGUGCAUUUUUAGAACUGGUGGCCCUGAACGAUGUCCUCCUGAAUAUAAACCAUCAAACGAAAAAGUAUUUUGGAUAUAUUUCGGACUACGGUUUAUAGGCACUACCAUGUUGUCAGCAUCGGUUACAGUAAUGGAUCCAAUUGCUUUAAAUCUUAUACAAAGGUACGGCGGUGAGUUUGGAAGGGAAAGGUUAUUUUCAACAGUUGGAAUGGCAUUGUUCUCUCCUCUGACUGGUUGGUUAAUUGAUCACAUGAGUGCAAAAAAAGGUUACACGGAUUACUCGUCUGCGUUUUAUACUUACGAUAUUUUACUUGUUUUAUCGAUGAUGACUCUUCUAAUGAUGCCAGUUGGCAUCAAAAUGCCAGCAGACCACAUUUUUAAAAACAUGAUAACUAUAUUAAAAUUACCGCACGUGAUGGCAUUUUUAUUUUUUUUGUUCGUCCUUGGUAAUUGUUGGGGAUUUAUAGAAUCGUAUUUGUUUUUAUUCCUCAAAGAAUUAGGUUCAUCUAACUAUUUACUCGGAAUUACAGUAUCUGUGGCAACGAUUAGUAGUAUUCCAUUUUUAUAUGGAGCAGAAAAAAUAUCAAAGAAAAUUGGUCAUGUCAAUAUAAUUGUUAUAGCGUUUUUUUCUCACGCGGCUAGAUUAAUAGGAUAUUCAUACAUUGAAGAUCCUUUGUGGGUGUUUCCAUUUGAAGCGAUCGAGUCUUUAGCAGUUCAUUUAAUGUGGGUGGCGGCUGCUACAUAUUGUGCUUUACUCGCUCCAAAGAAUCUUCUAGCAACACUUAUUGGUGUUUCAGGAAUGUGCCACUUCAGCCUUGGUCGUGGAAGUGGAAGUUUUAUCGGAGGACUAUUGAUUGGUUCAUACGGGAUCUGGCAAUCAUUUAGACUAAUGGGACUUCUAGCGAUUGUGAGCGGUACAAUUUAUGGACUACUGCACUGUAUAUGGCUUCAUAAAUUUGAGGAUCGUACUAAACCCGAAAAAUCAGAUCCUUCAGAAGUAGAGUCUCUUAAAGGAAUAGAGGAAAACAACAAAGAAGAUUUAUCAGAUAUCGAAGCAGAAGCUAGGCGGUUAAGUAUAAUGAUUAAGUUUAAUCAUAGGGGUUCUUUAGCAUCUUUAGACAAGGAACAGUUACCACCGGCCAAGUCGCAAAAUGACCUUAGAAAUACAACCAUGUUACAACCACCCAAAGUGGAUUUACUUAAAUCUACUCUCGAACUCAACUAUUUAUACAAGAAAGCAAAUUUGAAUAAACCAAUUCUUAAAAAGGAAGAAGGUUACAAAUUGACUCCUCAAGCAAAUCGAAAAUCAAUUACCGUUCACACAACAGCUGAAGAAGAUACAAAGAGUUUAAAAAACAAUGAAGACCACUGUAUUAACUAGAAAAAAUAUAAUUUGUAGAUAAAAAGCACUUACAUGAUAUUUAAGUAAAUGUAUUAAUAGCUUCUUAUUUUUUGUACUUUUUUUUAUGACUGUCAUCUUUACGAUAGCGUUUGAUGUUGUCAUAAUAACAUUCUUCAUCACUUUUACGACUUCCGUUUUCUUUUGACAAUUUAUGAUAUUUAUUUCUAUCUCUUGAUCUAUCUUGACUAUCACGUCUUUUAUGUAACUCAGUUCUAGAUUCUCUUUUAGUAUCCUCUCUGCUUCGAUCAUUUCUACUUCUUUUUUUACUCUUAUCUAGUUCCCUCGAUCUAUGCCUCUUAGUUUUAUCUUUUUCCUGAGAUCUGUCUCUGUGAUGUUUAUAAUUAUUAUAAUUUUCUCUUGACCGAUGUCUUUCUUUUGAUUUACUUCUUUUUCCCCGUUUCUUAUCUUUAUCUUUAGAUUUUUUUUUUUUAACAUUACUUUCACUGUCUUCACUGUUUGGACUCCUAAUAAUUUCUGGAGUA